AUGCCUAUCCUGCGCAUCCGAGACGAAAGCGGCUUCAUCACCACCUCCAAAGCCAACGGGUGGCAUUUCGUGGCCGCCGUCUCUCCCGAAGACGUGCCCCUGGUAAACCGUCCGGAUGUCAUCCCCGAGCACAACAUCGACACCGAUGGACUAAAGCAGAAGCCGGUAGUCAUAAUGCUCGGCAACGAAGGCGAAGGUCUGCGGCCACGUAUCGCCAGAAUGGCGAACAGCUGUCUCACGGUGCAAGACGCCGUGAACCAGCACGCGGGUGUGGACAGCUUGAACGUCAGUGUUGCGGCUGGCAUAUUAAUGCAUGAUCUGCUCAGGCCUUUCUUGGGAAAGCGGUAG